AUGAAUUGCACCGCCGAUCCAAAAUGUCAGGAGGCUUUCUCUGUCAUUCAGAGCGAAUGCCUACCACAUCCUUUGGGGAAAUUUCUACGUUCCUUUAUUGCGAAUGUGUUGAACCCUGCUUCCGCCGCCACUCAUGUCCUCAGUCACUGUCGUCCGGGUCGACAGCGCAAGGCUGAUCUUCUUGCCCUUAUUUCAGAUUGGACUUUUAUCGUAGAGUCAAUUACAAAAUAUGGGACUACACCACCUGCCCCCGACAGCAGAGCCCAAGCGCAAGUUAUAAGGAGAGAUGGAAACCGCUGCUGCAUCACAGGCAAGCCAGGGAGCUUGAAGGACCCCUUGGUAGUGAUGCCCGUUAUUCUCGCGCCAUCCCGCUGGCUUGAAGCCGAGCCGAGGAUCCACGAAAUGCUUCGAGCCUUCUUUGGUCCCCCUUACCUAGAUUGGUGGAAAGCUUAUACAGAACGAUUGACGCGGGUAGAUCCCAUCGAUGCCCACUGGCUUGUGCGCAGGUCAGCUGCCGAAGCUUACAGAAAUGGGGUGGUGAAAUUGCAUCGGCUACACCCAUCAAUGAUCGAAUACAGGGUUGCUUGGUGUCUAAUUGGGACCGUAGAACCAGCGAUUGAUGUCGAUGGCCAAUAUCCACUUCUCGGAGACCACUCACGCUCGGGAAUACGCAAGGUCGACGCACGUUUCAUCGGGACCCAGGCCCGCUUGGCCUCGAGCAUGCGAUGGCUUGAGGUCAAGAAACAAAUCACGGAUAACGAAACAGCAAUAGCUCAGGCGGGGAUACAACCUUCGGCUUCCAGACCAGGUUUCGUAUCAGCUGUAUUCCAGAUAUGCCGCACAAUCAUCUUGACAGCUUGGCUUGUCACCCCCCAUUUCAUUCGAUUAUCGACAUACAAAGUAUUGCGAAGGAUCGGACACCAUCUUUAUGGAAGUACAAGUUCCUUGGCAGUUAGCCGUCUGCCUUUCGGUCUUUACCUGAAGGCCACAAACGAAGGGGCUUUCAAUGAAUACAAUGCGCUCGGACUUGUUCACAAGUAUACGUCUGUUCCAGUUCCUCGGGUUCUGGAUCUGGUAGCAGACUCGCGGGACACGUAUCUCUUGAUGACCGGUCUUCGUGGUGAGCCACUCUCCAGAGCAAUGGAUAUGCUCUCCGACCAAGACUGCCACGAGUUCGUCGACUAA